AUGAUAUCCAAAGAUGGCAUACUACUCAAUCAGGGGAAGUAUGCACUUGGGCUAAUAUCUGAUCUAGGACUCAGUGAUGCUAGGCCUGUAACCACACCAUUGGAAGUCAAUUUGAAGCUCACAACAAUAGAUUAUGAUGAAUGUGUUGGGGGUGUCAAUGACUGUGUACUUGAGGACAUAACAACCUAUCAAAAGCUGAUUGGGAGAUUACUAUAUUUCACCAUCACCAGGCCUUACAUCAGUUUUGAGGUGCAAGUACUAAGUCAGUUUAUGCAAAGGCCAAAGACUUCAUACUGGAAUGCAACAUUGAGGCUAGUGAAGUACAUAAAAAUACACCAGGACAAGGACUGCUGCUGA